CUCUGCCGAUGUUGGCACGACGCGCCGCGGCAACAGCACUUCCUAUUGCUGGUCCAAGGUGUUGUAGAAAGCGAUGACGAUAAGGAGGAAUCACAUUCGAAAGGUGAAAACUUUGCCGUGGCAACUUUUACGCAAUGUGUUGUCACUUUUGAGAAAUGGUUACGCUCAGAUACUUUGUCAUGGGCGAUGCUUCAAGUACCAGAUGCGGAAGAACACGAAACUACAGGAAAUGAUGAAGAGGUGCCCAGCAAAAACGACGAGACACGCAGUAUUGCUAGCAAAGGUUCUGUGCUUUCAAACGAGCACUCUGCCCGCACAAAGGGCGUGCCAGCUGUAGUCACGAUCACUUUGGAAAGCACCCCCCACAACCGCGGUGCGCACGUAAACCCAAAUGCGCUGCUCCCGCUGAAGACAAAGGAGAUGUGGAGCUGGGCAUGCUCCGGUUCCCUUCAGGCCUUGGAAUGUACUUGGACUCCUGUGCUUUCAUCGACGGGGCCGGAGUUUGAUUUCCCUCUCAUCACACCGUGCAUCGAACGCAGCCUGCACAGGAGAGUUCUCGAGCAGACCUCCGCCACCAAGGCGUUGGGUCGGGUUUUCAUGGAACGCAGCUCUUCAAAAUCUAUUGGUGAAUCUGGAUCUGAAGGAGGCAAAACACGACAACACAUUCUCGUUGAAGCCUUCCCCAGCUGUGCCAAGUCACGGCUAAUCUCCCUCGCAAGCCGCAUCAUCACAGCGACAGAUGCUUCGAUCAAACAGUUGGAUUACUUCUUUCGGCUGCCUACAAGAGAUACUUCGCUACUUAGUUUCGUGGAAGCACUGAUAACAGUGUUGGCCUGGGUUACGACCUAUGGCCAAAAGGAGGAUCUUGUGGUGGGAAUUCGAAAGUGGUACAUAGAAGAGGGCGACAAGCGAGAUUCAGAGGAAGACAAGUUAUCCAAGGGAUUCUCCAGGUUGAUGUUCAAGAUCGAAAAACUUGAAGCUGGUCUUCGUAAACUCCACGAUCUCUUGUUGAGCCUGAACAAGUCAGCUUCUGCUGGGUCUACAAAACGAAUGAAGAUGGUCGACAAACUCAUUGAUUCUCUCUUUGGGCAGGGACCACAGGGACCAGAACAAGGAAUGUCCAUUGCAGCUCUGGUGGAACGAAAGGUGCAACUCUUGAUCGAGAAUCAGGUCGAGUCCAGAAAGAAACGAGGCACUGUUGCUCAACCUGGAUCCAGUAAUACGCGAAAGCGACGGAAAACGAGGCACGAGAAGCCAAUUCGCAGCAGAAAUCAAACGGUAGACAAGUGGCUACAAAGCGAUAAGAAUCUAGAAGAUGACGCCUACGAGGACGAGGCCUUUCUGGAUUUGGAGGACUUUAUCGCGGAUGGGUGA